UGGAUGUUUACGAACUUCCCCGAAUCGUACCGUCUUCGUCUGCGUCCCCCGAUCGACGACGACGACAGCCUCCUCCCCCGACCGCUGGAAUUCGCGGAAGCGUCAUAUGCAGGUGAGGAUCCCCAGAAGCCAAUUCCAGGGUUCGCGUUUGAUUCGGUUACGUUUGGCGUUUGUUCUUUCUCUACCCCUUUGGAGCCAUUCGUUCGUGGUCCGGAGAACUUCUCCCACGUCGUGAGCGUUUUGGAUAAGAAUGCAAAGCAAGGUGAAUGGUCUACGGACAAUGUAUGCAUGGAAAGAAAUGGAAGCACAUUCGGCUCUACCAGCGAGGAAGGUAAAUGUGGAGCAACUCUGUACUUCUGGAGGCUCUGGCGUUGUCUCAUCAUCUCUACCUGUUCUACCAACCACCGUGGAAGAAUUCCCUAAAUUAUCAGAUUCCCAGAAUAUUUUAACGGGGAAACAAAUAAGAAGUGAUCAAUUGACUUCCCAUUACACUCCUUUUGUUGCUGACAGUGGAAAUGUUCAACCCUUGUACCCAUCACCUUCUGGAUUUUCUUCAGAUCUUGAUAUUUCUUCGAUUCUUCCCCAUGAGAGGCAUACAAACAGUACUCCCCUUGUCAGUCAGUCACUGAAUGAAGUCUGUUUGCCUUCAGCCUAUUCUUCAUAUACAGGUGCUUUUCAAGUAUCAACUAGUAACAUCCCUAAAGAUCCAACUGAAGUCACAUGGUGUCCAGAUUCAGAUCAGGGCAUUCUUAAUUGUUCAGAUGAUGGCAUCACUGGGAACAAUCAAAUCCAAAGCAACUCAAUUGUGAUGUCUGAUGACCUUAAUAAGCAAAAUGAAUGGUGGAGUGAGAUAAUGAAUGAAGAUUGGGAGGAGCUUCUAAAUGACAAAACUGUUGCUGAAUCUCAACCAAAGGUUGUCUACCCAGCUGCCCAGUCCUCGCAGAAUAUGUCAGUGCACCAAUUGCAAACCCAUCAGUCUGUUCCAUGUCAUUCUGGAGAGAUUAGUGCUGUCACUGGUCCGUUGUCUACUGCUACUGCUGCAGCAACCAAGCCACGCAUGAGGUGGACCCCAGAGCUCCAUGAAUGUUUCGUAAAUGCUGUCAACCAACUUGGUGGCAGUGAAAAAGCAACACCUAAAGGAGUACUGAAACUCAUGAAAGUGGAAGGCUUGACAAUAUACCAUGUGAAAAGUCAUCUACAGAAAUACAGAACAGCUCGCUAUAGGCCAGACUUAUCGGAAGGGAUGUCAGAAAAGAAGAUUACUCAGAGUCAGGAAAUACCUUCCCUAGAUCUGAAGACAGGUAUUGAUCUCACUGAAGCACUGCGACUUCAGAUGGAAGUUCAGAAACAGCUUCAUGAACAACUCGAGAUUCAGAGAAAUCUGCAGCUGAGAAUUGAGGAGCAAGGGAAGUACCUGCAGAUGAUGUUUGAUAAGCAAUGCAAGACGACCAUGGACAAGCUCCAUGCUCCAUCCACCGUGGAAGAACCAUCAAACAUCUCUUCUGAGCUGACACAAUCUACUGCCAAGAUUGAGUUCCCAGAUGCAGGAAGCAACCCUAUUGAUUCAAACAAGACAGAGAUCACUGAGCAAAUAGGUAACAAGCGGAAGAUGCCUGAUGUUGAACCUUCCAAUCACAAGGAUGUGGAUGCUGUUACCGAUUCCCCUUCAUCAGCGGCAAAAUGUGCGAGAGUCGAUGAUGAGGAGGCAUGAACUCCAAUAUCAGCCUAGAUCCCCUCUGAUGAACUACGCAGUUAGCUGGUGAUAUCAACAUCAUCAGUGUGAUGAAAGAAUUUCCACUGCAAGUGCAAGGUUUUCAGCAGACGCAAGGAAGAGGUUCUAUGGUAGCAUUUUCUGGAUGAUACUUCUUCCCUUUAUAUGUGGAUAAAUAAUUAAUCUAGGGUGCAGAAGUUCGACUUCAUCAUACAUUAUGAUGCCGGAAGUUUUGGGAAACCCAAAUCGUAAUGUUAGAAAUCUGUACUAGUGAGAAUGUUAGUCCAUUCUGUAACAUGUAUUUCCUUUUACUAGCGUAGUAAGUUCUUUAUGGACCCGCAAAAUUAAUAACGAGUGCUUGAUAUGUGUGUGUGAUUAUUC